AUGACACUUUUAAAUAUCAAACCCAGUGCUUGGGCAUUUUCUAUGAUAACAUUAGGGACUGAAAUGCUAAAUUCUGUCUUCAGUUUCUAUUAUGUAAAGCUGUUUUUACAUCUGUACAAGAUUUCAGAAGUGGCCUUUUACCAAGCCCAGAUGAUUUUAAUGAUCUGGAACGCUCUUAAUGACCUGACAGGGUAUUUUCACAACAACUCGAAGGCCGACUGCUGUUCCAACCGUCAUACUUCUGUUUUGUAUGGCGCCCCUGUAUAUGCAAUAGCCUUUCUGCUUCCUUGGUUCCCUUGGAAAGACUAUCGCGAAGGUGACUGGCUCAGUGGGCUUCACCUGGUGGUAUCCUUAUGUGCUUUUGAUAGCAUGCUUACCUUCAUUCAGCAAGCCCAGUGUGUGCUGUUUGCAGAAAUUUUCACUUGCUAUGAAAGUCGGCUCCAGCUUCUUAAAAUGAACCAAGUGGCGUCCCUGGUAGGAUCUACCAGUAUCCUGUUCUGUGGCCUCAUCUCUGAUAACAUGGAAAUUUUGCUCAAUUUUCAGGCCACCGCCAUUGUCAUUGCCAUUCUUGCUACUGUCAGCCUCUAUACCGGCAUGUGCCACAAGAGUCGCUUAGAACCUAAAAGAAGCCUCGAGGAAAACCUUUUCUCAGAAAGUGAGCAGGAUCUCCCCUGGACCUCCGUCGUCUCACUGAUGAGACAAAUCUUGACCCAGAAAAACUUUCGCCUUUUUCUGAUAAUGAAUUUCUUCCAGGUCUUCCUUUUAACCUUCAAUAACUUCAUGAUGAUCUUUGCUGAUAAUCUCAUUCCCAAGGAUGUUCUUCCUUCUUCUGUAAGGAGCGUCAUGUACGGGGCAGGCUUUAUCUACCCACAGUGCCUUGUACUUAUCAGCCAGUCCUGGCUGAAGAAGUUUGGUUACUAUAAAAUUAUCUUAUUUUCAUUCUACCUAGAAGGAACAGCCUCCAUUGUCAUGUUACUUCUUGGACAGCAGUGCUAUUACUUUUUGGCUCUUUAUCCGACUAUCAUCAUGGUGAUUGUGCAAGCUUCUUUUUGCUUAUUUAACCUGCCACUAGCUGACAUGGUCGAUGCAGAUUUACUGAAGUUCAAUCGGCAGUCACCUGUUUCCUCAAUGAUUUUUGGCAUCAAUGCUUUGUUUACCAAACCUGCUCAGUCUAUAGCUCCUGUGGUGAUACUCUCUAGACUAAACCAGUAUGGAUAUGGAAACCCAAACAAAAGUACCAUCUUCGAUCUUCAUGAUGCUAUGUUUAAUUUGAUUUGCCUGGUCCCACUGGGCAUUGCAGGAAUUCAGAUUCUGGUUUGGAGCCCAUUCUCCAUCAGGAACAAGACAGACUACACAGGGACACUCUAA